UGAUGUAGGUGUGAGCACGUGACCCUGCGUGAUAUUUAUACUGGUAAAUAAUAGUGAUUCGUCAUCAUAUGAUCAAUUGUGGCUUUAAGUGAUUGAAGAAAAAAAAAACAAUCGAUGAAACUAAAAGAAGAAACUUCGGAUUUUCUCCUUCGCCCCUUCCCUCGGUGACCCGGCACUGAGCAUGCGCAGUGUGUCCGCCAGCGGGCGGUCGGUUGAGGAAGUUUGGACCAACUCGUUCUACCUGUCGGUUUUAUGGGUGUUAGCUCACCGCAGCGCCACCGGUGAGUCGCCGCGCCCUCGCCUCGGCAGGCGGGCAGACACUGAAAUCCACCAGAAAUGACCUCGACGUCUGAUCUGGAGCCGCUGGCAGAAAUAGAACUUCAGAAGGAGGAGGAGGACGAGGACCGGAGGGACGUCACAGACAGUCCAUCAGUUCCCCCGAGCAGCAGCUUCAGUCCCGAUACCUCCCACCCGUAUUAUGACGUGGCUCGGCACGGCAUCAUCCAGGUCUCUGGGGACGACAACUACGGCAGGAAGUUGAUCAUCUUCAGCAGCUGCUGUUUGCCGCCGUCACACCAGCUGAACCACCGACGCCUGCUCGAGUAUCUGAAGUUCACCUUGGACCAGUAUGUGGAGAUGGACUACAUCCUGGUUUACUUCCAUCAUGGUCUGAGGAGCAGCAACAAGCCGUCUCUGAAAUGGUUACGAGAAGCUUACAGCGAGUUCGACAGGAAGUACAAGAAGAACCUGAAGACUCUGUACGUUGUUCAUCCCACAAACUUCAUCAGAAUCGUCUGGAACAUUUUCAAACCUCUGAUCAGCCACAAGUUUGGGAAGAAGCUGACGUACGUGAACUACCUGGAUGAACUCCGAGAUCACCUGAACUACGAGCAGCUCAUCAUCCCUCCCGAUGUACUCAGCCAUGAUGAAAAGUUACGAGCGGCUCAGCAGGACAGACUCCCUCCCCCGGCGAAGACUCCCCCGCCUCGACCCCCCCUGCCCACACAGCAGUUUGGUGUCAGUCUGCAGUACAUCAGAGAGAAGAACAGGGAGGCGAUAAUCCCUCCUGUGAUCCAUCAGACUGUCGCCUACCUGAAGGAGAAAGGUCUGAGGACGGAGGGCCUCUUCAGGCGUUCGGCUCGUGUUCAGCUCAUCAAGGACGUUCAGAAGCUCUAUAACCUGGGGAAACCCGUGGACUUUGAGCAGUACGGCGACGUCCACGUCCCUGCCGUGAUCCUGAAGACGUUUCUCCGAGAGCUGCCUGAGCCGCUGCUCACCUACAGAGUCUACAACCAGGUCCAGGACAUCCUCGAUGUGGAGAGCAUUCUCCGUGUGACGCGGUGUAAACAGAUCGUCGAAAGUCUUCCUGAGCAGAACUUCAUCGUGGUGAAGUACCUGCUGUGUUUCCUGCACAUGGUGUCUCAGGAAAGCAUCGUGAACAAAAUGAGUCCGUCCAACCUGGCCUGUGUUUUCGGGGUCAACCUGGUCUGGCCCCGUCACGGCUCCAUCUCCCUCACCGCUCUGACCCCCAUCAACAUCUUCACCGAGCUCCUCAUUGAGCAUUUCCACACCGUGUUUGGCUCCCACUGCCCAGCUGGACAGGUAACGCCCUGAACCAGCGGAUCAACACGUCACACCCCCUGGAUCCAGACCGUCACUCGUCCCCUGGGAAUGUUUUUGUUCGUUCCAUCUGAGAUAUCCACGAACUCUGUGUGUGGGAAUUCCUGUUCCCCAGAGGACGACUCCUCGCGACUUGGUGCCGUUCAUCCCGCGGCACCGUUUCCACUUCUGCACGGAAAAAAACCCCAAAUCUAAAGGUCAGAGUGUCGUGAAACCUCCUGAGCUCAUUGCUGCUGCUCAGAGGACGAACCCUUCACAUUGUGGACACAAUUUUGGACUUUGAGUUUCCCCUUUACAGCCAUGAGACUUCACCUGCCCACACACACACAGACACUAGGGCUGGUCGAAACGAUGGUAUCUUCUUAAUACUGUAUCUUCACCUUCACUGGUGGCGGGAGGAGGACUCAUUUAUGAUGAGACUGGAUUUGGUACCGGUGUGACCAAGAGCCUUUGUUUGAAUAUCUAAUUCACCAGAUUAACCCAAACCUGAUGCAUUUUAUUAACAGUUAACGACACUCUCUCUGUUGCACUUUAAUAAAAUAUAUAAAAUCCUAGUGGAGGAUUUUGUCCUUCAGUAAUCAGUAAUAAUGUGGAGGACGGGUGGACAGGACCGUGUGUGGAUUCUGUCAAGUGCUAGUUUCUUUGUGCGGUGAAUCACUGGUGCUGGAGAUGCGACAGUUCAACGACCUGAACCAGUAGAGACCUUUUAUACUGUAACGUCAUUAAAACGCACACAAGCCCGGACAGAUCGUUACAGUCAGGAAGUGGAACCGUUGAACUCUAGAGCAACGACUGGAUUGUUGAGGCUUGUCGAGAUUCCUCUGCAAAGAACGCGGCAUUAACUGCGAUAUUCUCGGACAUUUUUAACUUGAACGUUUGUAGUUUAAAUUUGGUGUUUGAACAACGGUGACCGACGCAUUUUACGGCGUUAACAGUGAAACCCUCCUCGCUGGUUUGAGACGAGCUGGUCUCUGGUGGAAAAGGCGACGCCGCGGACGUCUGCGCACCAGUCGGGAUUUAGCGAGAUUUAAAUUCAAAAUCUGACGACAGGCGCUGGGUUGUUUGGUAGCUGUUGAUCAGAUCUGAUCAAACUCCACCCACACACGGU